AUGCGUCCUUCGCUACUCGUGUCGGCGGCGGUGCUUUGCCUUGCGACCUACGAUAGUGCCGUUGCCGCCGCUUCGACGUCCAACAACCUCCUGAAGUCUGGUGAGACAUCGUCUGUGCUGGCCGACCACGACGCGGUCGCUGCGGACACGGACCCCAAGCACCAGCGCUUGCUACGCCACUUGGAAGCCGAGGACCCUGAGAUCCCGGCUUCAGAACCCGCCGUCAUGGCCAGCAACGUCCCGGACGCCCACCCAAAAAAGGUAGUGCCAUUUGGACUGCAGCCUGUCAAGCUCCACUCAGGACCGCCUUCUGGAACGGAGAUAACCCGCCCCAACCCUGUAGCGCCGUCUGGAAAGCAGACCGUCACCACCAACCCUACAGCUCCGGUUGGAACACAGACUGCUAACCCCAACCCCGUAGUUGACAACGCUGAUGACGUUGACAGCUCGGACAGCUCGGACAGCUCUUUGAGCUACGAGUCUUCACGGAAUAGAAGUGGACCUUACGAAAAAGUUGCGGCUAGGAUCGGCCGUAUGGUUUAUGGAAACACAUACGAAGAGUGGAUGGAUGAUGGUACAGUUACACGGACCGAAGCGAAGGCGAAGCUGUAUGACCAAGGUCUUACCGCCGAGAUCUUCGACCCCAUGGAGGUGGCAAAGGAGAUGGGCUACAUUGCCUUUCUUGACAAGAAGUGCGCCCUUCCUGAAAACAGCGGCAAGCCCGCCUGUUUGUAG